UGUUCACAACAAAAAGAAAGGGAGAAGAUGGAGGAGACGCAGGUUCUUGAGAUCAAUCUCAUCUCUGCGCAAGGUAUUAAAGAACCGACGGGAAAGCUCCGGCGAUUGCAGACCUACGCAUCUGUCUGGGUUGAUUCUUCAAACAAGCUCCGGACUCGGAUCGAUCGGAUCGGUGCUGAGAAUCCGAUUUGGAACGACAAAUUCGUUUUCCAGGUUUCGCCGGAGUUCCUAUCUAGCGAAACAUCAGGCGUUUCUAUCGAGAUCUAUGCCGUUGGUUACCUCCGGGAUCAUCUGAUCGGAACCGUACGCUUCCUCGUAAGUAACUUCCUCCCAACCGCCGCCGUGAAAGUUCCGUCGCUCGUCGCGCUUCAGAUCCGCCGUCCUUCUGGAAAGUUCCAUGGCGUUCUCAACAUCGCGGCUAUGGUGAUGGAUGCUUCCGAACUCCCCGCUGAUUACUUCAAGUCCGUUCAAGAGAUCCGUCGGAGCCGAAAAAUGAGAAAGUCUAGAUCUGCGGUAAGCUCGUCGGAGAACGGUUUCGCCGAAGACGCUGAGAGUUCGAAAGAGAACUCGGUUUGCGGAUCUGUAAAUUUCUCCGACGACGGUACGGACUCGACGGCGUCGUCUCCGAUGCCUUCACCUCUCAGAGACUGGAACGUAGUUCGAAAUAUGGCGGGAAAGAAUCACGUGAGAGCGUCAUCGGACGGCGGAGGAUUGAUGUGCUGUUUCUUGAUGAAAUCGUCGGGUUACGAGGAAGAGAAAUGAUGGACGGCUGAGAUCUAUUUCUCAGAUUACCAACGGUUCGGAUGUUCUUUUGGUUUCGAAACCAUAGAUCUUCGCCACGUGCAUCUCUAUCCACGGCUUAGAUCUCCGCUAUCCAUACGUCGUCGUGUAAGAAGUUUUGGCGGUUAUGAGAUUUUUAACAAAUCCUAUAGCUUUAUGAAAAAACAUAAAAUUCAUCAAAAAAAUUUGUCAACGAUAUAAAAUUCUUUUUGAUAUGAAUAUAUGU